AUGUUAAGUUUCGUCAUCGCAGGUUCGUUAUCAACACUACAAUACACCAUAAUGGAACCACCGCCGCUCCCAGCGAAACCGCCAGGAGGUGCUCUGGGAUCUCCUGCCUCGCCUGCUCCGUCCACACCCGUAGAAGCCACGCCAGUUCCCGCACAAAGCAACUCCACACCGUACACACUGUCGCAUCUCGAUGAGCUGGCCACCCAGCACAUUUCCAGUGUGCCUCAGGACGUGCUCAAGGGCUCAAUUGUGGCCGAGAACGGCGGAGACUACAGCCGACAGACACGCGCGCUCAAAGAUCUCGAACAGCGAGCACAAAAACUCAAGGAACAGUACCAGGAGACUCUUCCUGAACUGCGUCAACGAGUAGGAGAAAAGGUGACUGCAAGCAAGAAAUUGGAAGGAGAAUGGGUCCAGCUGGAGGCAGAAAUGUACCGGGCUCUGCAACCGUUUUCAAGUCCAGCUCUACAGUCGAGUAUGACCCAUUCAGCUGUGGAAUCGGACGAGCUUAGUGAGAUUCUUCGAGAGUCGUUUCUAGGAUCCGAUAGCACCGACGUGGCCCAAUUUGUGGCCGACUACAGACAGGCUCGCUCACGAUACCAUCUGCGACACGAGAGAGCACAAAGAUGGAAGGAGGAGCGGGUUGCGAGAACAUAG